AUGUCACUAGAUCCAUUAUUUCGGAGAAUGACUUUGAUUGUCACUGUAUUUGCUUUUGUUGGUUUUGUACUUGGUGUUAUUGCAUUGACAACUAAUUAUUGGACUAAGGUAUCACUUCCACCACGACCAGAUAUGUCUAUUUCAACAGAAAAUGGAACUUAUAUUAAUUAUAAAUCUGGUUUGGGAUGGAAAGGUUUAUUAAUGUCGUGUACAUCAUUUGAUAAAGUGUCGUGCACAUGGGAACUUAUGACAACAACAUUUUUCUUAUGUUCAUUCGGUUUGAUAAGUUUAUUAAUUGGUGGAAUAUUUUCAAUAUGGGAAAUGUUUAAGACAAGUGAUCGACGAUUUCUUAUUCCAAUGUUAUACUUUGUCGCAUGUGUUUUAAUGACAGCUGGUCUUUUUGAUUAUGGAUCUACUGCACAACUUAAUUCUUAUUCGUCACGUGCUAUGAUUUCAGCUAUUGUGUUUGUUUAUGGUUCGUUACCUAUUUCGGCAUUUAUUGCGGGUCGUUAUUCAGCAUAUGAACGAUAUAUUAAUAAUGGACAAAAAUAUGUACCUGCUUCAACAAAUGGAAAUUAA